UCAGCUGCUUGGUAAACCGCUGUAAAACCUCGAAUCUAUCCUCAGACGAAUGACAACAAAAGAGUCUGUAAUAGAAGUCGCGCGCGAGACUGUGGAUUUUUACACGACUCCGCAGAGGGUUUGCGGUUUUUUCGGUUCUGUUGUCCGCCGCGAAUAACGUCGCUUUGGUCGUGGUGAAAGUGUCUAGGAAUAUGAAGAGAAGAAAUGUCGAGUGCGGUAAGCUUCGGAGGCCCUUGAAACGCAACAAGCUCACCGAGGGAAUCUACGGAAGUACUUUGCUUUAUCUGAAAUUUCUUCUACUAUGGACCAUAGUAAUUUUGGCAGACUUCAUUUUAGAAUUCCGUUUUGAAUUUUUGUGGCCAUUUUGGCUACUUCUCAGAAGCGUUUACGAUUCUUUCAAAUAUCAAGGCUUGGCCUUCUCUGUAUUUUUUAUUUGUAUUGCACUCACAUCAGAUAUGAUUUGCUUCUUCUUCAUACCAGUACAUUGGUUGCUCUUUGCUGCCAGCACUUAUGUUUGGGUACAAUAUGUAUGGCACACAGACAAAGGAGUGUGCCUACCAACUGUGAUGCUAUGGUUAUUAUUUCUAUACAUAGAAGCAGCGGUUCGAUUAAGAGAUAUACGACAUAUGCCUUUUCACUUGGAUCUCUGUCGACCAUUUGCAGCACAUUGCAUUGGUUAUCCCGUAGUUACAUUAGGUUUUGGUUUUAAAUGUUUUAUUGGUCACAGAAUGAGAGAGAGAAAGCAGAAAGAUGUAGCGAAAGAAAAUGAAUUCUAUUUACAAUUGCUGCAGCAAGCACUGCCUCUAGAACAACAAAUUACAAUGGUGCAACAGAUUCAGCAGGUUCAGUCGCAAUCACAUGUUACCUCGACGUUUGAGCAGCAUGUUAAAACGCAAUCCAAUAAAUUUUGUCCGCAGUACAAUCCAAGUCCUGAAAAGAGCAGAGGAAACAAUAAUAACUCUGCAGAAAUAGGUAUACAAAAUGGUAGUUUACAUAUAGGUGCGCAAGUGACAUCACAAGCUCAAAAUGCUACAACAAAAAAUAAUCAUAGGAAAUCCUUAGACAAAGGUGAGAAACAAGAGGAACAGCAUAAUAAGCAUAAUAUCACAAAUAUCUCACAGUCCGAUAAGAAUGAUAAAAGGUUUAUACACACUAAUGGAAAUAGUGUCACUCACAAUGAUAUACAAUUUAUCGAUAGGAUCGGAUCUGUGAACGAUUUCGACGCGAACGAAAUCGAGAAAGACAAAUUUGUCAAAGGUGGGAACUGUGGGAACACCGCAGUGAAGUCGCAGACGAAUGGUUCUGUAACGGGGAAAUGGAAUAACAUAAAAGAAAAUCGAGAGUCCUCGUCCACUGUUAACACUCAACGUGAACGUAAAACUCGUCAAGUUAAAUCUCCUGUUGAUACUAUAAGCGAGCAACAGAAACAACAAGACGAAUAUUGUCAGAGGUUACUGAUGUGUCGCAGGCAUGAGGCUGACAUAAAGCGCUUGAAGUCAGACUUGCAGUCCAGUCGGCAACUGGAACAGGAGCUUCGUUCACAAAUAAAUACUCUACAGAAUGGGGAACGCCAAGCUAAGGGUGAAAUACAACAACUCCAACACGACAAUGAUCAGUUACAGAGCAAAUUACAUGGAUUAGUAACAGCUCGUCAAUUAGAUAAACAAGCGAUAUCGUCGUUGGAGAAAAGAAUCACAGAAGAAAGAAAACAGCGGACUGCUUGUGAAGCGUCCCUACUUUCUGAAAGACGAGCACGACGAGUCGCAGAGGAGGCACGCUCUGCGAUUCCACCACCUCCUGCGCCGCUUAUUAGACAAGAGUGCACGGAUUCGUGUAAAACUCGUCGGACGCAAAUGGAGCAGGACCUUAAGAGUUUGCGGCGGGAGCUUAAAACAAAAGACGAAAGGUACAGUGCAUUGGAAAAAGAUAUUGCACGUUGUAAGGAGAAUCACAAAGAGUCUGAAAUUUUACUUGCCGCACUUAAUGCGCUACAAGACAAAACUGCUCAUUUAGAAGACAGUUUAAGUGCAGAAACACGUAUAAAGCUCGACUUAUUUUCUGCACUUGGUGAAGCCAGGCGACAGUUAGAAAUCAAAGAGAGUUUAAUUAGAUCUCAAGAAAAGGAAAUUGAAAUGCUAAAAACAAAAAUAGCCCAAGAUUUAGCUGUGAUGCCACAAGAUACGUUUGGCCCUGCACCCACCUGCGCGACAUCCAAGCUUCGGUUGAACAAUGAAGUGCGAGUCGCAGGUACAAAAAUACGUUCUAAUGAAAGUCCCCGGCCAGGGUGUACAGUGUCGAACUUAGAUCCAAACGCGACAGCGUAUACACCUAAGAAUUCCCUGAUAACGUCUACCGAAGCUUAA